UGGGGACUUUAAGCGGUGGGAGUAGAUUUUCUGGGAUAACCUGGGAUAGCUGUUCCUGGGGUCCCUGUGUCAAAGUCGAAAAAGUCAUCUGUUGUGUCCCUGUUGGCCUCCACCUAUUGGCUUGACUGCUUAUUUAACUGACCCUUCUCUUCCAGCUCUGCACCCCUCCACACUGUUCCAGUUUGUUCUUUCCUCUCCUCAUGGCAGAUGUGGUCUUCUCCCUUGCAGCUUAGAAAGCUUUCAUUUUCCUGGCAUUAAAUAAAUGAAUUGUUCCUGCACUAUAAAAAAUGGCAAAGAAGACCAUAAUUGUGGCACUGGUGGUGCUUCUGUUGGCAUCUGUUGCCACAUUCGUGGGUGUCUUCUUUGGUGUUGAGAGAAGGAAGCAACCGAGUGUGCCGGGGUACUUGAAGGCAGCUGUGGCAGCAGAUGCUGGGCCAUGUUCAGAGGUCGGCAGAGACAUACUAAUAAAAGGGGGGUCUGCAGUAGAUGCCUCUAUAGCUGCUUUACUGUGUGUUGGACUUAUGAACGCCCACAGUAUGGGCAUCGGAGGAGGACUUUUCUUCACCAUCUACAACGCCAAAACUGGGAUUGCUGAGACCAUUGAUGCCAGGGAGAUUGCACCUCACAAUGCAACAGAGAUCAUGUUUGGGAACAGUACAGAUUUAGCCCAGAAAGGGGGGUUGUCUGUUGCUGUACCGGGGGAGAUUCGAGGUUAUGAGAUGGCACACAGAAGACAUGGAAAUUUGCCCUGGAAAGACUUGUUCCAGCCGAGCAUUGCUCUUGCAGAAAACGGUUUUCCAUUGGGCAGGGCACUUGCCUCUGCUCUUUCCAGUAACAAGAAAACAAUAAUCAAUGAUGAAGCCCUAUGUGAAGUGUUUUGUGGGAAACAUGGCGACAUCCUUAAAGAAAAUGACACCAUCAAAUUUACUAAGCUCGCUGAAACCUAUAGAAAAAUAGCGGAAGAGGGUCCGAGUGCUUUCUAUCAGGGACCCCUGGCUGAGAACCUUGUGACGGAUAUUCAGGCAGCAGGCGGUAUCAUCACAAUGGAGGAUCUUAAGGAUUAUGUGCCUGUCUUGGAUGUGAACCCUUUAAAAGUGAAUGUGGGGGAGUACACCAUGACUGUUCCCAAUGCCCCAGCAAGCGGCCCUGUGCUCUCGCUGAUAUUAAACAUCUUGAAUGGGUAUAACUUCAGCUCAGAUAGCAUGGCAAGCACUGAGAAAAAGAUCCUAACCUACCAUCGCAUUGUGGAGGCUUUCCGUUUUGCUUAUGCAAAGAGGACCUUACUUGGAGAUCUGAAAUUUCUCAACAUCACAGAUCUGAUCCAGAAUAUGACUUCAAGUUACUAUGCUGAUGACCUCCGUAAAAAGAUCACAGAUGAAUCCACACAUCACAUGAACUACUACGAGCCAGAUUUUUACCUUCCUGAAAACCACGGGACCGCACACCUCUCUGUAGUAGCAGAAGAUGGAAGCGCUGUGGCCGCCACCAGCACCAUCAACCGCUUUUUCGGCUCCAAAGUCAUGUCAAGAUCAACAGGCAUACUUCUCAACAAUGAGAUGGACGACUUCAGCUCUCCACUCAUAACAAACAGUUUUGGAGUGCCUCCUUCACCCAACAACUUCAUUAGGCCAGGAAAAAGGCCAAUGUCUUCCAUGUGUCCAACCAUCCUCUUUGACAAAAACAACAAAGUUAAGAUGGUGGUCGGAGGCUCAGGGGGAACGAAAAUCACCACUUCUGUUGCUCUGGUCAUUCUGAAUUCACUGUUCUUUGACUACGAUCUGAAGAAAGCUGUGUCAGAUCCAAGGAUCCACAACCAGCUGAGUCCCAACACCACUGUAGCAGAGCCUGACUUUGACAAAAACAUCCUGAAUGGUUUGGCAUUAAAGAACCACGAGACAGAGUUCCUCAAAUCAACAGGAGCUGUGGUGCAGGCGGUGGUUCGCUAUGAUGCCGGUCUACACGCUCAGUCAGAUCCUCGCAAGUGGGCGUAUGCCGCAGGUUACUGAGAUCAUAAACACACCUCUGAUUAUGCAGAGAGACUGUAGCCGUGUCUACCUUGACACCAGUGGUACGAGCUGGUAGAUUAGAGACCUGUUAAAC